AUGACCGAAUUGGCCUUUCAACCUCAACCCAUGACCAUCAAACGACGCCGCGACGACGAUUCCGACUCGGAAGACGACCGAUGGCUAAAAGUGCGUUCCGAACUUCUUCUUCCUUCCCGUAGUCGUGAUGCAAACAAAGCUCGAUCAUGGGGUUUGCAACCCAGCUUCGGCUCCGCAGGCUUUCCUACAUCCAGCAUCCUACCUCUACGAUCCACCCCAUCACCGCCGUACGCUGUCCCAGGUCUCGAAAGCAUGACGUCCGCUCAGUCUGAACACAGCGAUGUCAACUCGCCCGCCUCCAUAGACCAAGAUCCCCUCAUUUGCUCGCCCACCCACCAAGAUGUCGACUACGCCAUGCAGAUGGAUGAGGAUGACCUGGACAUGGUCGCCAGCCAGCCGCCAGAUACACCCUUCAUGACGACCAACUUUCGCCCCGCCAAACUCAACCCGGACCUCUUUGGCCGCGAAUCUCCCGCCAACAGCCAGAACAGCAGCACAGGACGACUUCCCACGCCCAUAUAUCCCACCUUUGCCAACAGCGGCGCCAUGAACGGCCUAGGCUACCCAAGCAGCGGCAUGGCAGGCGGCAUGAACUCGUCCAACGGCUACCUCGGCAUCCCCACGCCGCUCAACCCCCCACUCAUGCAACCACCGCCACGGAAGAUGGGCGCCCAAUACGCAGCUGCUGAACAAGAUCGCAGCCGGCGCAUGCCAUCACCUAUAUCCGAGGACGAAGAUAUCCCCGACACACCCACUGCGUUCGCGCAAUCCCAAAUGUCCCGUCUUUCCGUCACCUCUUCGGCGUGUGCGCCUGACCACAUGAUGGACACCGAUUCCUCCCGAGCUUACCCGCCUACAUCGCCGUCUAUCCGCGGGAGGAAACGUAGCGGUGCGCUCACGGGAUCCGGCCGAUUCAGUAUGGGGUAUCGCGAGGACUGUGAGAGGUGUAGGCUCAGAGUGCCAGGCCAUUACUCGCAUUUCCUGCCGUAA